GCGGGUGCUUUCAUUGGAUGUGCUGCUGUCAAGCAGCACUGAAGAACUGGAAGGGCAAACGCUGGAAAGGCAGAGAAAAGACAAACAAGGAAUAAUCCUAAUGUAGCUCUCUGUGGCCGGCGCUCAGGAACUCAUCCCAUGCCUUCCUCCUUCAUCUGCCCAACUUGCGGACGCCGAGCGAGCUUUCUCCUCCUUCUCCAAGCGGUCACGUUCAACGGUGGAAUUACCUCCACAUAUUAAUAUUUGACAGCAUCUGGCUAUUUUUUUUUCCUCAAAAUGAGAGAAUAUCGUGGGCCCGACACACUGUAGCUUGUUCGAGGGUACCCAGGUUUGUAUUUCUGCGGUUAGCAUCUCCGAUCCGAGCAGCAGAUAUCUCUAAAUGCACACUGGAAGCCAUCCGAAGGUUUCUACGUGUCCCUCUCGUCCCUUUUCGGGCUGAUCCAUGGACCGUGUGGCCGGACUCCACCGCGUUAUGCUGCCGCCGACGGGAGUCCUGACAUGGGGAGGGCUGAGCAGAGGCACCAGCAGCGUGGAUCUUCUCGCCUGUUGACGAACGGCUGGAGAGCGGAGCCAAGUGUCGUAAGAACCGGCCUGUGGCCCAUGUCUUGAACUCGAGUGGGAACCAGAUCGGCCGAGCGGGGAGAAAGGAGGACUCCCCAGGAACAGUGGAUGGCUUCGGGGGUGGGGAGAAGGACGAGAGCGCAGACGAUUCCUGGACGAGAAAUGGAUAAAAGUACUGCAUGAUCAGAAGAGGACUGGCCGGCAGGCCCGCUUGAUCACAGUAAAGUUGAGAAUGAAAAAAAAUAUGAUGUGGUACGAAGGCAAAAAGAGGCUUAAGCGUUAGGGAUUAAUUGCGCAUGAAAAGAUGAAUAACGGAGUUCAUGUUUUUCUGGACUUGCAUAAAACAACUUCAAUUAAGUUGAGGUGAAUCCCAAACCGAGGACAUCAGCUUCCUGCUCAGAAACACACUACUCUUACUCACUCUGUAUGCUGUAAGCGAGAGUUUAAGUAACCCUUUUGGAUUAGUUUAUCUAUAGCCAACUAUACAACAAAAUAGCUCAGAAACAACAAGUGUGAACACGCAUAUAAAAACACAACACCAGAGGACAGUUGUGAAUAGUAAAGUAAAGCACUUGCGCGACAGAAAACGUCUGGAGUGGGUUGCAGCAUGGGCUGUGCUUCAAGUAUUCAUAUCUCUGAUAGGGUGGUCUACCACAGUGGAAAAGAGUCCGAGGAUUCCCACUCCCCACAACAGACCAACUCCACUCAGCACCCAGGAAAUCCCGCCGCCUCGGGGCUGCCCAUCAAACCCGCCAGCUGCAAGCCCACAUUAACAGAGGUGCCAUUUGGACCAAUGAAGUUAUUUAAAGACCAGCUUCAGGUACUGUUAGUAUUUGCCAAAGAGGACAGCCAGAGCAAUGGGUUCUGCUCUGCGUGUGAGAAGGCGGGCUUCAGGUGCAGCGUUGUGCGGAGCGCCGAGUCGGCCGCCGAGAGCUUCCAGGAGAAGCACCACGACCUCGUCAUCAUGGACCACCGACAUUCCAGACACUUCGACGCUGAAGCGCUUUGCCGGUCCAUUAGAGCGAUCCCCUCCUCAGAAAACACUGUGAUAGUUGCCGUGGUGAAAAGGCCGGACAGAGAGGAGGCCUCUGUGAUGCCCCUGAUCAAUGCUGGUUUUAAUAGGAGAUACGUAGAGAAUGCCAACGCGAUGGCGUGCUACAACGAGCUGCUGCAGCUGGAGCACGGGGAGCUGCGGGCGCAGUUUAAACUGAGGGCUGGGAACGCUAUUUUCACAGCGCUGGAACAAAGCCAAGAGGCCAUAGAGAUCACGUCUGAAGAUCAGGUCAUUCAGUAUGUGAACCCUGCUUAUGAGUCAAUCAUGGGCUACCAACAAGGGGAGUUAAUAGGGAAGGAAAUUAUCGAAGUGCCUAAAAGUGAGAAGAAUAAACCGGAUCUCCUUGAAACAAUAAACUCCUGCAUACGAAAAGGAAAGGAGUGGCAGGGGAUUUAUUACGCCAAAAAGAGGAACGGAGACAGCAUACAACAAAAUGUGAAGAUCACACCUGUGAUUGGACAGGGAGGAAAAAUCAGACACUAUGUGUCUAUCAACAGGCCUUUAAAUGAUAAUAAUAAGAAUGAUAAACCUGGAGUCCAGGCCGAGUCCCAGACUGACAUCCAGUCCAGUAAGCACAAGGACCGCAGGAAAGGCUCUCUGGACGUCCGUUCCACCACGUCCCGAGGCAGUGACGGGAGCUCCCAGCGACGCCACUCGUCCAUGGCUCGCAUCCACUCCAUGACCAUCGAGGCCCCCAUCACCAAGGUGAUCAACAUCAUCAACGCGGCCCAGGAGAGCAGCCCCAUGCCGGUGGCGGAGGCCCUGGACCGGGUGCUGGAGAUCCUGAGGACCACCGAGCUGUACUCCCCCGCGCUAGGCACCAAGGACGAAGACCCCCACACCAACGACCUGGUGGGGGGGCUCAUGACGGAUGGAUUACGGAGGCUGUCGGGGAACGAGUACAUCUUCUCCACCAAGCCCCCCCACGCACCCAGCCACCUGGCCACGCCCCUGACCCUCAACGACAUCCCGCCCCGCAUCGCCGUGACCAUGGAGAACGAGGACUCCUGGGACUUCGACAUCUUCAGCGUAGAGGCGGCCACUAUGAAGAGGCCGCUCACCUUCCUGGGCAUGCAGAUCUUCUCGCGCUUCAGGGUGUGUGAGUUCCUGAACUGCCCGGAGGCGGUGCUGCGGUCCUGGCUUCAGGGGGUGGAGGCCAACUACCACUCCAGCAACUCCUACCACAACUCCACGCACGCCGCCGACGUCCUGCACGCCACCGCCUACUUCCUGUGCAAGGAGAGGGUCAAGCAAAGCCUGGACCCCAUCGACGAGGUGGCGGCACUGAUCGCCGCCACGGUCCACGAUGUGGACCACCCGGGCCGCACCAACAGCUUCCUGUGCAACGCAGGAAGUGAGCUUGCCAUCCUGUACAACGACACGGCGGUGCUGGAGAGCCACCACGCCGCACUGGCCUUCCAGAUCACCACCCGCGACGACAAGUGCAACAUCUUCAAGAACAUGGAGCGUAACGAGUACCGGACCCUGCGGCAAGCCAUCAUCGACAUGGUGCUCGCCACGGAGAUGACCAAGCACUUUGAACACGUCAACAAGUUCGUCAACAGCAUCAACAAGCCACUAGCCGCGCUGGACGAGAACGGGGGUAACGGUGAUGAGGAGUCCGUAAAGGGGGUCCUGACAACGCCGGAGAACCGCAUCCUGAUCAAGAGGAUGCUCAUCAAGUGCGCGGACAUCUCCAACCCCUGCCGACCGCAGGAGCUGUGCAUCGAGUGGGCUGGCCGCAUCUCGGAGGAGUACUUUGCACAGACGGACGAGGAGAAGAGGCAGUGUCUUCCCGUGGUCAUGCCCGUCUUCGAUAGGAACACCUGUAGCAUUCCCAAAUCCCAGAUCUCUUUCAUCGACUACUUCAUCACGGAUAUGUUCGACGCUUGGGACGCCUUCGCCGACCUGCCGAACCUCAUGCAGCAUCUGGACAACAACUUCAAGUAUUGGAAAGGCAUGGACGACAGGAAGCUGCACAAGCUCAGACCCCCCCCAGAGUAGCCCCCCCCCUCCCCGGGAUGCCACGACCCAGACCCCGUCCAAGGGGGGGGGGGGGGCCUCUCUCUGCUCCUCCUCCUCCUCACCGCUGGGUGGACUCUCUCCCCCGUGAGCCCAGCCUCCCCUGGGGGAGGGGGGAGGGGGGGGUCUCCCGCCUCGCACCCCCCCGCUUCUGUAGCGUGCCACCCCCAGCGGAACCUGUAUCCUCGCUGCGGGACCCCCGUCUGCAGGGGGGGGGGGGAGGGGGGGCGUUAACGGACGCGGGGUGACACGCGGGGACAAAGUGGUACACAUUAGCUGAUGCACACAUAGACACACAAACACGCAUAGACAUAUAUAUAUAUAUAUAUAUAUAUAUAUAUAUA